AUGGAUAAUAAUCAAAUUCGUCCACAAUUGUCACCAAAAGAUCAAGCAGCAAUGCUUGCUCAUUUACAACAAGUCAAUCCACAAAUGUUUGCACGUUUACAAGCAAUGAAUCCUGAAAUAAUGGAAACAGGAGGUGAACAUUUAUUUGCUGCUGCGGCUGCUGCUGCAGCUGCUAAUGCAGGUAAACAUGGACAUUCACAUAAUCAUUCGUCAUCAUGUGGUCAUGCUCAUACACCAGCACAUUUUUCUCAACCUGUUCCUGAGCCACCACCAAAACCAUCACCAGCAGAAAUGUCUAUUGUUCAAGCUAUACAAUAUAAUGAAUUGGAUCGAGCAAAAGAAAUUAUUGAAUCCGGACAAACAGAUGUGAAUACACCUGAUGAAGAAGGAUGUUAUUUAUUACAUUGGGCAGCUAUUAAUAAUCAUGUUGAAAUAAUUCGAUAUUUAAUUUCAAAAGGUGCAUCAGUUGAUAUUAAAGGUGGUGACCUUCAAUCUACUCCACUACAUUGGGCAUGUCGACAAGGUUGUAUAGAAGCAUUUUUUAUUCUCGUUGAUAAUGGUGCAUCAUUACACUCAACUGAUGUUAAUCUAGUUCAACCAAUCCAUCUCGCAGCUCAAUAUGGACAAAUAAAAAUUCUUUCUUAUUUACUUGGUUCUGGUAUUGAUGUUGAUUGUUAUGAUGGAAGAAGUUUUACACCAUUAAUAUAUUCAUGUCUUGGUCCACCACAAAAUUAUACUCCAAUAGCAAAUGCAACACAUGUUUGUUGUACACAAUUUCUUUUAACAUUUGGUGCAAAUAUAAAUUAUCAAGAGCCAACACGACAAUAUACACCUAUACAUUUUGCCAUAAAUAAUCGAAAUCCAAUAAGUUUUCAUGUUUUACUUAAAAGUCCACAAAUAAAUUUAAAUUUAAAAAAUAAUGAUAAUUUUGAUGUAUUAACAUUUGCACGUAUAAGACAAAAUUUAGAAGCUGUUGAAACAUUAGAAGAUCGUUUACAAUCAGCUAAAGCUAAUGUAAAACCAAAAUUUAUCCAACGAUUUGUAACAAAUGAAUUUGUACGAAAAUGGUUAACAAGAUUUUAUAUGUUUUUAUGUAUGACAUUAAUUGGUUUAUCAGCUAAUUCAACUGAAUAUUCUUAUUUGAUACGUAUAUUAUUUCCAAUAAUACUUAUAUUUAUGUUUGCACAUAUAUUCAAUUAUUUCGUAUUUGAUGAUCAUACAAAAGAUAAUUUAGCAUUUGCAUAUGUUUUAUCAUCAACAUUACUUAUGUAUGGAACAUAUAUGGCAUAUUUACAAGAAAAUAGGUGGACAUUAAAACAUAUUUGUUAUCAUUUUGUAACACUUUAUGGUCUUUAUUCUUUUCAUUGUAUUAACAAAUAUACUCCAGGAUUUUUAAAACAACAAUCAAUGAAUAUUGAUGGAAAUAGUUUAACAAGAGAAAAAAUUUGUACAACAUUUGCACGUGAUCCAAGAUGGACAUUGGAUCAUUUUUGUGUUACUUGUCUUAUACGUCGACCAUUAAGAUCAAAACAUUGUCCAGUUGAUGGAACAUGUGUAUCGAAAUUUGAUCAUCAUUGUACAUGGCUUGAUGCAUGCAUUGGUGGCCGUAAUUAUUUUUAUUUUAUUCGUCUAUUAACAUGUGCUACAAUGGGACUUAUUUUUUGGAUGAGUGAAGCAAUUAGUCAUAUAUCUGGUUAUCAUCAAAAUAAUACAUUUGGAGAAAUCUUUACAAUGAUUUUCGAUCCUUGGUUUAAUUAUAUUCUCUUAUUAAAUUCAUUUAAUUCAAUAUGGGUUACAUUAAUGACAUCAUUUCAUUUAUACAAUUCGAUAUAUUUAGGUGUAACAUUAAAUGAACGUUUAACAGGCUUUCGUUAUAGUUAUUUUCGUGAUGAAAAUACAGGAAAAUUUGUUAAUCCAUUUCGUAAUCAAUUAUUAAAAAAUUUUCUUGAAACAUUUGGUUUCUUUCAAUUAAUGCCAUUAUUUCGAUAUACUCGUACGGAUUGGUCACAAAUUUAUGAUAUUAAUCAAAUAACUGGAAGAAAACUUAAUUAA